UACCUUUUUUUUUAGAAAACAGCUGUUCAUAGACGUACUGUUGAAGACUAGCCUACUUCAUUUCUUUGUUUUGGUUUGUUUUGUUUGUGUAUUGUAUUAUACUAAAGUUAUCUUAAACACUGUGUGUUACUUAAUAAUAGAUUAAAAUUGAAAGUUUGUAUGAAAUACUGUAAUCUUGAACAUGGAUGAAGAAAACAAACUACCUUUGAAACGCGUGGAGCUAUCUUUAUCUAAAUUCAAUGAAGUUGCAAUUCCUCACCAUUUAGAUUUAUUACGACAACAUAAAACUAAUAUUAUCAAGUACGAGGAGUGCGGCGAGUACGCGCGCGUGCGCGCCGAGCAGACGAACGCGCGGCGCGUGGCGGCGCAGCUGCGCGCGCUGCUGGCCGAGCUGGACGCGCUGCGCCGCCGCGUGGCGCCCGCCGACCGCCCGCGCUUCGACCGCCUCACGCAGCGCUCGCGCGACCUCACGCUGCGCGCCAUCGUCGACUACCUGGAGACGUCGCCGUUAUCGAUAAACCGGCAGAAUGUAGAGAGCAAGCGCGAAUCCGAAAUGGUUUGCGGAAGCGCUGUAUCGACGGACUCCGUGGGCGUAGUGUCGCACGCGCACGAGCCCACCCCGCCCGCACAAGACGUCACCGCGCUAGUUGACGAUCCUCUCAUCCAGUUGCAGGUCGAAGACCAUGAGGCGGCGCUGCAGUCGCGCGAGGCGGUGCUGCGCGGGUGGAGCGAGUUGCAGGCGGAGGUGCGCGCGCUGCACGACACGUGGCAGCACGUGCAGGCCGCCGCGCUCGCGCAGCGCGACCAGGUAGCGUCGGUCGCAGACAACGUGGAAGUCGCCGCAGAAAACGUCGAGACCGCGCGAAAAAAUCUUUCACUCGCCGAAAGGCUGCGCGCAGGCGCGUACGGCGCGGGCGGCGCGGCGGCGGGCGCGCUGGUGGGCGGGCCGCUGGGGCUGGUGCUGGCCGCCGCCGCCAGCUCGACGACGACAAGCGCGACUAGCGCGACUAGCGCGACUAGCGCGACUAGCGCGACUAGCGCGACUAGCGCGACUAGCGCGACUAGCGCGACUAGCGCGACUAGCGGCGGCGCCCGCCGCCCGCGGAACGUCUGCUACAUCUAUAAUAUCUAAUUUAUCAUUUAUUGUAUAUAAUGUAAUUUUAUCGAUGAAGCCCCUCGUACCGCCCUGGUACGCAUUGUUCUGAGAUUUGAUUCGCGGUUAGCUGGACUAACUAUUCGGAAACAAAGUUUCUAGCAGAAAAUACUAUUCUAAGAAAAUGUAAAUAAUUCAGAACAAAAAUAAUAUAUAGGGAAAACCAAAUGUGUGCUAAAAAUUUUUUGAAUGGCAUAUGGUGUUAGAAACGCUCCUUUUUAUGGAAAUAAUAUUGUACUAGUCUUGGCUACAUGCUAUAUGUAGGCACAUUAUAGUGGAAUCGAAAUAAUUUGCGUUCUUUGACUUAGCAAACACUACCUUGUGUUCUAUUUUGGAAAGUAAUCAUUUUUCUCAAAGAAAAAUGGCUUGAAAAAUGUCAACACAGUGUGUACUGCUAUUCAGUUAUUAUGAGAAAUUCUAAAUAGUUUUUAUUAUUUCUUCGCUAAACUACCAUUUAUUACAUUGUCUGUACUGUUGUAUAUACUAAUGUAUAGAUUAGAUGUAAGGAUCAAUUGUAAAGUGUACAAUACAGGACACAAUUUAUACUGCAAUUAGUAAUCUAAUAAUAACAAUUACAAAUU